CUCAAAAAGACAAUCUGUAGGCAUGCUUUUAUUGUGAAACUGUCCAGCGCGCGCUGCCGUAUUCAUCUGUCGGCUUAUUUCAAAGAUGGAUUCCAGCUCUGUUUACGCGCUGUCAGCCGGCUUUCUGGCCGCUGCUGGUUCUCUGUCUGCGAAGCUAACCCUCGGUGCAGACUACCUGAGGGAGAUGUGUGAGUCCGGCCUGAGCGGCUGGACGCAGGGUCCCGGCGGAGCCACACGGUGUGACUGGCUCCAUGUUCCCCUUCGGCUGUCGUGUGGAGUCCUGCUACUCAGUUGUAACACUCUAAUGUGGACGAUGUUCUCCAAGGCUCUCCGUCAUGGCUCGUCUUCAGCAGGGGUCACCGUCACCACCACCGCCUCCAACUUCAUCUCCUCUGCUGUCAUUGGGAGACUCAUCUUUGGUGAGACUCACAGCACCCUCUGGUGGACGGGCAUCUCUCUCACACUGUGUGGACUGUUGGUGCUGCACAGUGCGACUCCUCACAUGUCCCCACAAGAGGCCGAGAAAAAGGACAAGUGAUGGAUCAGGGAGAGACGUUUGUCGAACUUCUCACUGCACUUUAAAUUGCACAUAUUGUUGGACAAAGUGAGGCAAACCAGGAAGCAUUCAGCAUCUAGAAUUGGUUUUCAGUGGUUUUUAGAAGACUUGUUUUCCAGGAGGCUGACUGGUACCAGUGACUGCAGUCGGACCCCAAAAGCAGGCCUGUCAUGUCUUAUCCCUUGUUUGGACUGAGCUGUACGGUACGGCACAGUCCUGCUGUAUUCAGGGAGCGUUUAAAACGCCAGUUGGACUCUCACUGGACAGGCGAGGUUAAACCCAUGCGCCGAAUGUCUUUUGAUGUGUCCCACAGGAAAGAUGUUUGUAGUUUGGCCUAAGAGACUUAGAUGUGCUUCUAUUUUAACUCAAAAGUUGUAAGUUGAGGUUCACUGCAGUUUUCUGUACGAUCGACAAUUACCAGUCUUUUAAAAGCUUAACCUGCUGAUUUUGAUUUUGGUCGAUACCAAGUUUUUUUUUUGUCUGAAAUGUUGCUAAAUAUAGCAAGUCACCGAGUUAGUAACAGUGGAGUGAAUAUUAACUGCAAACAUGCAGACAUGACCUGGUGGACGGGUCUGUCAGUCAAACAUCUCAUAGCAGAACAGAAGAGGACAGUGGUUGAUUUUUAGACCUUUGCUGAGGUUGAUAAGAUCAGCUUCACAUGUAAGGAUUGUCUCUAGUCUCUAGCAUGAGACAUGCUAGUGUACGUCAUAUGGAUUAGUAUGAGACGAGCAUUGCUGUCUUUCUGUCCACCAAUCAAUGGACUGUGUUGUAUGAUGCUAGUUAGCUCCGUACUGUUGCCGAUAGACCCACAGACCUGAACUGAAGACUCUGUUACAGUGGAAACAGGCAAAAUGUCGUACAGAAAUGUUCCGACCCGUGUUCUACAGCUCAGUGGAAACAAGGUUUUAGAGCUUGAGCUGGGUGACUGAUAAGUUACCAAUCAAUCAGUAAAAUUAAUUAUAUUUCCUGUUGACUUGAACUUGUCAGGUUGUGGCUGAUGUCUUUAAUCAGUGAAUACUUGUAAAUAUUAAAUUGUUUUGAAUAAAAAUAAAUUCAUACUUUGGUUC